GUCCCACGGUUGUGGGCUGUGCGCGCUGUGGCAACUUCGCAGCUGUUCGUGUCGCAGCUCUCAGCCAGCCGUGCCCGCCUGCGGCCACCGAUCAUGCCAUGAAGGUGCUCAAGCGGCUCGGCAAAGGCGAGUUUCGCCUCGGUGCGAAGGUGUUUCGUGUCGCAGCGCAGGCGCCGCUGGUAGAGGCCGCCGCCGCCGACUCUUCCCUCGCCUCCCAGCUGGAG